UGCUGAAGAAACUAUGUAUAAAGACCAAAAGUUCUAUUUAUUCCAGAUCUAUAUUAGAUCAUCACUCUUGAGCAUGGCACCAGAGAAAGAUGAGAUGAUCAUCCUCAAAACCCCAGCACUUCUGAAGUACAUCCUUGAAACAAGCUGCUACCCAAGAGAGCACGAGCAGUUGAAGCAAUUAAGGGAAGCCACUGUCGAGAAAUACCAGUUCUGGAGUAUAAUGAAUGUGCCUGUUGAUGGACUUUUCCUCUCUAUGCUUCUAAAAAUCAUGAAUGCAAAGAAGACACGGGAGCUCAGAGUUUUUUCUGGCUAUUCUCUUCUCACCACUGCUCUUGCACUGCCCCUUGAUGGCAAAGUAUUCUCUGUACUUUAAUCUUCCAAAUUCGAAUAUCGCUCUUU